UGCAAUUUUUUUGUUAUUUUAGAAACAGUUUUAAUUUAAAGUUAUAAUGACCAUUUUAGGCAACAUUUUGUUUAAAUCUUGCACAUUUAUUCAGCCUCUAAAAAGGGUAAAUAAUGUGGUUAAUAUAACCAACUUUCAUGCAAGUGCAAAUAACUAUGCCGUUAAAAAGACCACUUCAGCUGCAGGAGGUGUGAUGGGGUUGGGUAAGGGCAAGAAAGGCAAAGUGGGGAAGCUGAGCGUAAUGGAAAAGAAGGAAUUGCCAGUUGAAACCGACCCUCACAAACUUGUCAAUUAUGUUUGUGGAUCUAAUAUUUAUGUAAACGGAGAGGAUGUUAAAUUGAAACCUGACAGUGAAUACCCUGACUGGCUAUGGACUCUCAACACAGGUAAAGCACCCAGAAUAGAAGACCUGGACCCAAACACUAAACAGUACUGGAUUCGUGUCAGAGCUAUGGGUAUGCGUCGUAACAACCGCCUGAGAUCCCUUAGGAAGUUUUAGACUAUUCAGGUUUUAUAGUUUUUAA